GUUUCCGUACGCGUACUUUGGUUGUACGGGGGGAGGACUUAUCGCCGCUUCAUUUGAAGGUCCGUUUUCCGGUCGGACGAGCAUCUUAGGGCGGCUGGAAGGAAUGUGAUCUGGUAGCAUUCCUUGAUGUGGGUCUUCAGGCUGGGACUAAUCUGGCCAGCUGCGGGCCGCUAGCAGGGAAAUCUCCUCAAGGCCAUGGCUGUUAAUGGCGUGAGCCAGAGGGAUAUCCUCGCAGCACAGGAUGAGGUGGACAGGCUCAGGAGCGCUCUGCAAGCAACUCGGCGGAGGCUGCAGGAUACUACCCUUGCUGAGUAUGCGAGGGCUCAUGGCCGCGGAGACAUUGGAUUCGCAGCUGACAGGUUCAAAUCGCGGAGGAUGCUCUCGGGGCACACCGGCAAGGUGUAUGCUCUGGACUGGUCGGAGAGGGACACUAUCGUAAGUGCGUCGCAGGACGGGCGCUUGAUAGUCUGGAACGCGAUGACAAGCCAGAAGACGCACGCGAUCAAGCUCCUGUGCCCUUGGGUGAUGGCCUGCGCGUUCUCGCCGGAUGGCGAGACCGUCGCGUGUGGAGGUCUGGACAACUUGGUUUCCAUCUUUCGGUUGCGCUCCUUUGACAGCACUGGGAACCAUGCCCCGUCGGCGGUGCUCACCGGUCACAAAGGCUACAUCUCCUGCUGCCGCUACGUGCCGCGGAAAGCUCAAAUCCUCACGAGCUCCGGUGAUCACACUUGCAUCUUGUGGGACGUGGAGGCACAGAGGCACAUAUCGCAGUUUGGUUCCGAGUCGUCCUCGGGUCACACGUCUGAUGUCAUGAGCUUGUCAAUAAACAGCCAGGAUCCUAACCAGUUUGUCACGGGCUCGUGUGACACAACCGCAAAGCUUUGGGACUCGCGAGCUCCAAGCCGGGCGGCGCAGUGCACUUUCUUCAGCCACGCAGGAGAUAUCAACGCGGUGCAGUUCUUGCCGGACGGAUGCCGCUUUGGGACGGGCUCCGAGGACGGGAAAUGCAAGCUCUUCGACACGCGGUAUGGCUAUCAGCUCCAAGAGUACGUUACCUCCGGCACUCAAAUCGUCACCUCCAUAGCCUUCUCGCACUCCGGCCGCAUACUCUUCGCUGGCUAUGGCAAUCCAACCGGAGUCCAAAACGUUGCUCCAACGAGAUGCUUGCUCUGGGACGUUCUUACAGCAACAGAGCUCCACGACAUCGGAGAAUCUCACUCUAGACAAGUGAGCUGCCUCGGUGUUGCUGCUGAUGGAACCGCGCUGUGCACAGGGAGCUGGGACCAUACUUUAAAGGUUUGGGCCUACUCAAGAACAGAUUGACAAAAAAAUAGCAUAGCCGCAAAAAAAUUAAACAACGGAAAGAAUGAAAACACAGAAUUUUAAGGUGUGUGUACAUACCAGGAGAGGAAACUUAUCUUUUUCUCUUGUGCU